AUGGCCAGUUCAAACCUGGAAGAAAGGAACAGCCCUCCUGCACCCCCUCCGCCCCCUCCACCAUCGGAUCCUCACUCAAAGAUAUCUCCCUACGUUCUGAAGCUCAGGAGCGCGCCUCCAAAUUAUUUCUACGAGCCCCCAAUAAAGCCAGAACACACCGACCCCUUUGCUGCACCCACAGAUCCGUUAAUGAUCUCGGAGAUUCUCGAGCUGCCUGAGGAACCAAAACUCCGGCCUGCACAUAUUAUUGGGUACGAAUGUAAAAUGUGGGGGCAAUAUCCAGCUUUGCUCGAUAGUCCAGAUUCGGUGGUUGAAGGAGCAGCGUAUCAUAUCUGUACUACGCUGGAUGCUGAGAGACUUGCUGCGUAUGAGACGGGAAACUAUCGUGCUGAGGAUUGUCUUAUCAGAUAUACAGAUGGCAAGGAGCCGUCUGAGGAUCUGGGGUACACAUUCAAGUAUGUUGGUGACCCGCGCGAACUCAGCGAGGGCGAGUUUGACCUGAAGGUCUGGUUGAGACGGAUGGGGAGACAUGCUGCGGCGGAUAAGUUGGAGGCUGCUAAAUGCGAGAAAUAG